AUGUUAUCAAAGACUAGGGAUGUUACCACACACAACAUCUAUAGUAUUUAUAACAAGCUUUUCUCUCAUCUAGAUGAAGCUGAGUGUAAGUUGAAGAAUAAAGGUGUUGUCUGGAAGAAGCAUAUGCUCCAGGCUCUUCAGACUGCUAAGCGGAAGCUCUCAAAGUACUACACUGCGACUGAUUAUGAAUCAUAUGGCGAUAUCUAUGCACUCGCGACAAUCCUUUGCCCAUCAAAGAAACUUCGAUAUUUCGCAUCGUCAGACUGGCAAGGUGAUAUUGACUAUAUUAAUCACUAUCAUGGAGUUCUCAAGCGAGAGUUUCAACGAUAUAAAGAGAUACUUCACCGUGAUUCAGAUAAUACAGUCUUACAAGAUACCACGAGAGAGGCCCCGGAUGAUGAAUAUGGUGAUCUAGAUGCUGCUUGUGCAUCUCAAAACCAGCCCCAGGAUGAGCUCUCAAAGCCUGAAGAUGAUGAGAUCGCGAGGUAUCUUGCCCGCGGGAUUGAGAUUCAGAAGCCAAGAGCAUUCUGGAAAGACCAUGAGCUUGAGUUUCCUAUCCUUGCGAGGAUAGCACGGGAUAUUCUCUCGAUCCCAGCUAGUGGUGCAGGCGUUGAGCGAUUAUUCAAUUGCGCUCGCGAUAUCUGCCACUAUCGUCGCGGUCAAUUGAAACCAAGUACCAUCCGAGGAUUAAUGCUCCAUCAAUUCGCCACUAAUUUUGACGUUGAGCAGAAGGAGAUAGAGGUUAUUAAGGAGUAUCUCUCUAUUGGGGAAGCUGCGUUAUUAGACCAAGCUCGGAAACCAAUGCUCCAUCUUGAAACUCUUGAGCCAAUUAGUGACAACGAAGAGGAGGAUCAAGAGCCUAGCAUACAGGACACACAACAGAAGAGGAGCUGCAAUGAUGAUUCAGAUGAUGAGAGGAAUAAUGAUCAAAGUAAGCAAGUGCAGCGUAAGCGAUCAAAGAAACGAUUAUCUGAAUCUCUUGAUGAAGAUGACGAUGACCUUCCAGAAAUGCCAAUAGAUGAGAGCAUGCUGGGACGGUCAGGACGAAUUCGAAAGCAGCCUAGGUUACCUGAUGGAUUUCAGAUUGAUUUAAGGUAG